ACAUACAUGACAUACUGUGUGUAUGUGUGUGUACACUGACAGAUUUCGAUGCUUUUAAUUUUACUGGAGCACAGAGAGUGAACUAUUUCUCAUCAAACCUCCGAAAUAUAGAAAAAAUGUCGGCCAUUCAACACGGUAGACGUAAAGGUCAACCGAGGUCUGCCCCAGAACAAAGGCCGAAUGAUGCGAAUGAGCUCUCCAUGCAGGCUGAUAUCAGGAAAGUGACAAUCUUAUCUAAGAACGACUGGAACCGGAUCCAAUACCAACUCAAUCGCAAACAGAUUGAGGCAGAAAGACUAAGACAGAAGAAAGCAGACGAAGAUGCUAAGAUCAACUCAUGUAAAGAAAUUGUCAAGAACUGGACAAACACGUUAGCGGGUCAAAGACAGAAAAAGCUCGAGGCUCGCAAACUACGUCUUGAGAAAGAAGAAGAAGAGAAGAAGGCCAUCGAUAUUGAAGAAGCCAAGUAUCAGGCACAGAAACGAAAGGAAGCGAUCGAGAAGGCUAAGACACAGCAGUACUACCAGUCAGAUAGAGUGAAACAGUUCCAUGGAGCGCUGCUGCUUACCGAAGUGCUGAAGGAGCGAGAGGCUCAACUGGAGCUCGCUCGUCUCAAGAGUAAACACACCGAAGGCAAAGACAAGGAAUGGGUGGAGCAACAACAGAGGGAAUUUGAAGAAGCUAUUCGACAAGAUCAGCUUGAAGCCUCCAAGAGAAAUCGGGAGAGACAAGAUAUUGCUCUCUUCCAGACUGCUCAAAUCAAGACGCACAUCAAACAGAAUGAUGAGGACGUGAAGAAUGACAGGUCAGAAGGCGAAGAGUUACAGCGUCUGGCCGUGCAGCAUCACAUGGAGAAACGCCGCCUCGAGGCCAUCAGACGCGACGAGCGUCAACAAUUGAUGAAUGACAACGUGAAGCAGAUUGCUGAUGUUGAGAGGAUGAAAGAAAUACAGAAACUCCAAGAGGAGGAAGAAGAUGAGGAAUGCAACAUCUUUGCGCGUGCGAAGAGGAAAAUGAUGAAGCUUAGGGCCGAGAAAGAAAGACAGUUACACAACGAGAAACAGGAACGCCUUGAGAGAAUUCGCCAUAAACUUGGUGCCCAGAUGAAGGAGAGACUUGAUGAUGAGGAUGAACGCAUUCUGGCUGCUGUGGCAGAAAGUGAAGCCAAGAGGACACGUGAGGAGGCGGAGAACCAAACAAAGCAUGACGGCAUGCGACAAUCCAUCGCAAAGCAUAGAAUUGAACAGUUGAAGCUGCAAGAAGAGGAGGCUGCAGCGAACCGCAUGAAGGAAAUUGAGAUGCUGGCGGUGCGUAAGGAGGCUGAUCGAAUCUUCAAGGCCAAUGAGGAAGAAAAGAGGAAGAGGAAAUUCGAGGAGGAUCAAAAACUCAUGGGAUUCCAUUUUAAACAGAUCGAUGAAAUUAAGGACAAGGAACAGAAGUCCCAUGAAGAGGAUCUUGCCCAGGCGAAUGUCAACAUGGGGCUUAUUGAGUUGGAGGAGAGGCAGUUCCAGGAGUAUGCCGGCAAGGUGAUCGGCCACUGUGACAAGGCUGGCCGCAACACUUACGCCUUGAAGAAGGCAGCUAGGGAGGGAGCCGGUGGAGGCUUGGGCCCUGUCUUCCCUGGUAAAGGCGGCAUCCGUCCGAGCUACAUGGUCCAGGAUAAAUCUGGUGUACAGAUGCCGCAUUAUCAAAGAGAUACAACCGAGGAGACAAAGAAGAAUAUUUACGGCGACGGACAAACAAAUAAACGUCUUGGCUUUGUCUGGUAACUUCGAGGACAGGCUGUUUUACUGUGAUAUUUAUGGGACUUUUAAUCGAAACCAGAAGCAGUGCCUCUUAUUUUCCAAGACGCAUCUGUUGAUUGAGAGUGGGAGCCUUGCUAAGUUUUUGCAGAAUGUGCGAAAUACUUUGGUCAACUUUAGAAUAUUCAAAGAGGUAACAUUUCUUGCUUAAAAUUUGUUUAAGUCAAUAAAAUUUUAUACGCCCAUUUACUAUAUUGUGAUGUGGGGUGUCUUAUCCGUCCAUGACCAUUGACCUUGUUCUUGUCCAUGUAAUAAUCAAAAUUCAGGGCCACUCAUCUGUAUACCUGGGUCGGUUUGAUGCAGUCUGCAAUGCUCUCUGUUGAUGUCAAGUCUCUUGGCUUUCGUGGCGGUAGUUUUCGAGCUUAAAGGAGGAGUUGCCGAGCCAGCUGAAAUAUAAUUUUGAGAAUUCCUUUAUGUCCUUGGAUGUAUUAAAAAUGUACCCAAAUUAUACCACUGCUUGCCAAUACGCAGGCAAUCGAAAGCGUUCACCUCUGUAGAUUCCCAUGCCGACCACCAUGAUUUGUCCCUGCAGUGAUUUGACCUGUGUGGCUAAAUUAGGUGCGAGUUCUCCCCUGUCUGACAUCAUGGAAUUGGAUCCCAAAGUGGCACCCGUUGUCACUCCAUUGUUCCUCCAUUACACCCAGGGAUCACUUGUAUACACCUGCGAAAGCACAAUCGUGCCAGCCGGACAAUAGUUUACACUAAACUCCUCCUUUGAUGCGACAGUUUAAAUGAGCCAGAUAAAAUAACGGCCUUCCUCGAUAUCUAUCUAUCUAUCUGUAUAGAUGGCGCUGUGGAUGUAAUAUUUAUAAGAUAUUUGUGACUAGCUCCAGCUGAAGGAUCUGCAUGUGGCAUUUUGGGAAAUGGAAGAAAAAGAUAAUUCAAAAAGAUGAUAUUACGACUUUCCUUAGGAUUCAACUUUUUCUAGAUGUGUUUCGAGAACACUGAACCCUUGUAUUGUAAUACAGCAUAUAAGUUGCUCCUUCAAAUGGUUUUCCUUAUAAAACUAACUUAUCUUUGGACGAGUUUUUUUUCUGCUUUAUGACGUCCAUAUCUCAGUCAAUGCUCCUUCGAAUGGUUUUCCUAAUAAAACUAACUUAUCUUUGGACAAGUUUAUUUUCUGCUUUAUGUCCAUAUCUCAGUCAAUCCUCAAUAGAUAGUCAUGUACCAUAUGUCAUUUUUAAAGAAUUUUUUUAUAAGGAAUCGUCAUUUCAUACUCGUAAUGAUAACUUAUUGUCAAUGUUUUGGCGCAUGUGUCCCCUCCAGCCAGAGCCUGUCGUAUUUUCUGAUAUACAUGAACAUUCUAAAGAUGAUGAUCAGACAUCUGGAAACAUGUAUUUUAUCUCGCUAUGUCAGGGUAUCCAACACUUAAUAGCGAAUACAUGUAGACUUUGUGAAUAAAUAAUUCCUUAUUCAGCGUGCAUUGUCAGGACACACACUUUGCUGGUUUUAUGUAUAUAAAAUGAGGCAAAGAUACCUGUAUUGCGCUAACUUGUGAAAAUCUGGGAUUUUGAUGUGCAUGUACUCCAAGUUGUCUCAAGGGUUCACAAUCAAAUUAGCAAAAUGCACAGAGUACCAUCAGUGCAUUACUAGUGUAAUGGGUGCGGUUGCUCAAUCCGCAUCAGCAGUAUUAACGUCAGCGUUAAACGGCGAUCUACUGGGCCAUGUUCCGUAAAGAGACACCCACUAGCCCUUUAAGGGCAAGAAUCUUUUGUAUAUAUCUUUUUCUAUGUAUAUUCCAAUAACCAAGUGUGAUGUGCUCUACAGGGUGAACCGACAAAAAUGAAACGCCAAGAAUUCUUAAUAAUUGGAGUCAUCUGAUUUUUGCCAAUUGGCAUAGAAAUUGAUCAGUAACUAGUAUCUUGCAUGUAUCUUAUAAAAAACAGUAAAACAAUGCAUGUCAGUGAAAUAGGAGAUGCCAAAAGUAGCAGCUAGAUGUAGGGUUUUUGUGCUCAUCUCUAGAACCCUGAGAGCUGAAUGAGGACUUUUGCGCAAUCCAUGUUGAUGGUGCAGCGAGUUGCGUCCCUUGUCAAGGCCCAUAAAGAGUUGUAACAGACAAUGCGAGUUGUAACGACAAUGCGAAUUGUAACGACAAUGCGAGUUGUAACGCCAAUGCGAGUUGUAACGCCAAUGCGAGUUGUAACGACAAUGCGAGUUGUAACGCCAAUGCGAGUUGUAACGCCAAUGCGAGUUGUAACGACAAUGCGAGUUGUAACGACAAUGCGAAUUGUAACGACAAUGCGAGUUGUAACGACAAUGCGAGUUGUAACGCCAAUGCGAGUUGUAACGACAAUGCGAGUUGUAACGCCAAUGCGAGUUGUAACGCCAAUGCGAAUUGUAACGACAAUGCGAGUUGUAACGCCAAUGCGAGUUGUAACGACAAUGCGAGUUGUAACGACAAUGCGAGUUGUAACGACAAUGCAAAUUGUAACGACAGUGCGAAUUGUAACGACAUUGCGAGUUGUAACGCCAAUGCGAGUUGUAACGACAAUGCGAAUUGUAACGCCAAUGCGAGUUGUAACGCCAAUGCGAGUUGUAACGCCAAUGCGAGUUGUAACGCCAAUGCGAGUUGUAACGCCAAUGCGAGUUGUAACGCCAAUGCGAGUUGUAACGACAAUGCCAACAGCUAUAAGUAUAACGGUCAACAGUAACCUUGCCAACAAAGAAGAAAGAAAACAGAUGCAGCAUAACAACACUUCAAAUGACAUGGUCACGCACAGCAUUUUGCCAUUGUCGUUUAUUCUUUGUUGGUACCGGAGCACUGAAAGGUUAUGUGACUCACUGCGCCUCCUAUGGGUUCAACUCACUACUACUACACUGAGGUCGAAUGUCCAGCAUGUUUGUACAUGGACAUGUAUAUAGAUAGAGAGUGAGAAAUAAAGAUCGAAUGCUAGCAUGACAAGAA